AGCCCCGUAGCCACCGGCCCAAGGGUGGCUCAAGUGUUUGUCCAUUGUUCCAGUACUAGCUACUUCGGUGUAAGCCACUGGUGCCAAGUAUAUUAUUCGCCGCAGCAUGCCACCUGGGUUUGGCAUACACUACUUGGCCAUUUGUUUAUUGUGCUUGGUUUUAUUGAUAUGUGGACUAUCGGUCUUUUUCGCCGGCAUAUCCCGUACCAUCUUGUCAAGUGUGCCCAACCGCCUUCCCUCUGAUGAGCUUACAGUAAAGAGUUUGCAUGCCGAUGCACGUUCGAUAUCUCAUCAAACGGAGGCACCUGCAUUGCCGAAUCAGUCAUCAACCAGCAAGGCGAGUGUUCUUGGCCGCUUUCCUCUGGUUGGGAAGCGCACAACUUUGUCUCACAGCUAUGCAGAUGUAAGUAAGAUGGCGUGGGUGCAUUUCCCCAAAACCGGGACAUCCAUUAUGAACGCGUUCUUGACAGCUGGUUGCCCAACCAUGCCUUCAAACGAAUAUGUGUCGGACGCGGGUGGAGGAGGAUCAGGACACGUCUUAUUUUCAGCACUAGCAUCUAAAUUCCAUUCGUCGUGCUAUCCGGGGUUUACGUUGUGCGAGAACCACAACCCAAUUUCACUUGAAAUGCAGGCGUGUCCUUGGUGCGGUCCAACUGAUCCAACUUUGACAGGGAAUCCUACGAAAGUGGUCCGUGGUUGCCGUAACUGGAACCUGCAUCGUGGAAAUGUUGUGACAUUGUUUCGCCAGCCAGAACAACGCGUUAUGUCUUCGUAUAAGCAUGGGCGGCAUGAUUGCAGGAAUUUCAAGGGAAACAUAUCUGAAUACGGCCAAAGUGUAGCUGGGUGUUACGCAAACAUGUUGACUGGUCAUCAGUGCGACUGUAGAGACCCAGCCAACGCAAGCAGGGUUUCACUUGCAAUCGAGAGGCUUCGGACAGGGUUUGUGUUUGUGGGUCUGGUUGAAGAGUGGUCUCUCUCAGUAUGCUUGUUCCACGCAAUAUUUGGGAGCCGCUGCAGCUCCCGCGAUUUUCUCAACGUCCGCCCCGGCAAGGGGGCAAAACAGAAAAUGCGCGCCUGUGGCGACGGCCCCAGAGACCCUCACAGCGGCAAGUGCUUUAACAGCUCGUACAGCCACUCCACCGAAGCGCUCCAAGGCUGGACAGAUCCGUACGACGGCCCUGUCUAUGCGGAGGCCGUUGCCAUCUUCUGGGAACGAGUUACCGCCAUGGGCGUUGACGCAGAAACUUGCCGGACUGUGAUCUGCCCUGGAUUUUCCCACUUGUUCUGAAUUCGCGCUACCAUCCAAGUGACAUCAUACGUUCCGCCGACCCCCCGAGAACGAGAG